AUGAAUUUCAGUGUGAAUAUAUAAAUAGGUGAAAUAUUAAUGGAAACAGUGAGAAUACGGUCAUACGAAAUUACAAAAUAUCAAAAAACUUUACUACUAAUAAGGGAUUAAGACAAGGAGGAAGCUCAAGUCCAUUAUUAUUUAUCAUACGAUGUCUGGAUAAUAAAUAGCGAGACUGUGCGUCUGGAGGGCGCCCUAGACGGCUGGGGUGAAAAACUGGUAGUGCGUUGGGUAUUUAGAUAUCUUGACUAUGCAAGUCCCGAAAUACGUUUCCGUCACUAUUAUAGUAUUUGUGCAGAAGCGGUUUGAAACAAACGUUUUUUUUAUCGUGCCGAAAACCAUAUGUCACGAAAAACAGGAGCAACGAAUCAAUCUCAAAUUUCUCGUUAAAUUGAAAAAAACUCCGACUGAGUGAUAUAUAUUGUUACAAGAGGCCUAUGGGGACAAUUCUCUAUCUUGUAAGCGUGCUUUUGAGUGGUGUAAGCGCUUUAGUGAUGGCCCAGAAAGCAUUGAAGAUGACCAGCACCCAGGUCGCCCUGUGACUGCUUCAACUCCGGAAACAGUGACCAAAAUCAACCAAAUUGUGUGUGCAGAUCGUCGAAUGAGCAUUCGGAUGAUUGUCGGGGCUGUAAGCGCCGAUAAAGAAACGAUUAGAUCUGCUUUGAAAGGGAACCGAUUUGAGUCGAUGUGAGCGGUAAAGCAAAAAACGGCAGAGUUCCUAAAGGCACUCAUCAACGAAAACUGCUACUAUAAAUGAAAAAAACGUUAGAAUUUAUCACUUGAAUCAACAAAUUUUUAUAAAAAAGAAGAAGUUGGAGGAAAUAACACUUUUCCGCGAACCUCCCCCAUGUUGAAACAAGAAGAAGGACUGAAACUUUGCGAUGUUGUUAACUUUGGCAUGAUUGUUGGAGUUUUAUUUUCAUCAUAUUUCAUUUUAUUCAAAACAUUCUCAUAAUAUCUUAUUUCAAGGAUUUUAUAAUUUUUUAAAAACAGUUUCUUUAAAACAUUCAUAAUUUUCCCAUUAUCUAUCCUAGAAAUUUCCAAAUUUUCAACUGUGGCAUGAAAUUUUUCUCUAAUGAGACAUAAUUUGGUAAAUAUUGCAACUAUAAUAAUAAAAAAAAAACAUACUCUUUGCUAUCUCAUAUAAUUCAACUUAAAAAUGGUAUUUUCGGAUUUAUUAUUAAAAAAAGUUUCAAGAGUUUUCAGCAGUUUUAAUCAUGAAAAACUAAAGAUCUAUAUUUAAAGCUUACAUCAUUAAUAACUUCAUAAUUUGAAUCCCCCUAAUAUUUAAAGGCGUUUAGUGUUUAGUGAUGGAAACAAGAUAUUAUGCUUGCACACGGAAGCUUACCAUUUGUUAAGAACUCUUAUAUACAGAGUUAUAUUAAACUUCAAACCCCUUGACGAUAUUUUCCUACUUCAUCAACAAGAUUCACUGGUUUUAAAACACUGAGUUCGCAUGCAGGCACCCAGAACGUGAAUUUAUCGAGAUUAUUUUUUUUGGAGAAGUCCAAGCUUAUGGAAUUAGCUACCAUGGCAUAUUUUUCCCGAACACUACAAUCUACAGAAGUUCAAGAUAAAUAUCCACAGGGUAGGCUUUGUGUCUGCUUCUAACAUAAAAAAACACUUCCACAUAACCCUCCCAAGGUACUAAAUCUCUUUUUUGUGGUAUGUGGGAGAAUCUAAAUAUACAAAAAUGUGCAUAUAUCACUUUCUUUUUUAAUUUAAAUACGUUUUCAUGAAAAUAACAUAAACUAAUCUUCUUCUAUGUGUAAAAGAAUUAUACAUCUGUAUGUAAAUAUGAUACAAUAAAAAUAAGACGAACGUUUUUGUUGGAAUAAACGUUUAUUCAAUGAUAAAAGAGUACAAUUGUGCAGUUGGUCUAAAAGAAGAUAUACUAGGAAAAGUCAAUGUUAUCGAUUUUGGAUUUUGGAGAUACAUGGCCUCAAUACAUGGCGGUCAUGACAGCAUUAAUAGCGAUGGUAAAUGCUGGUAUCCAUUUUGCUUGGCCUAGUCCUAGUUUACCAAAAAUUAUGUCAGAUGAAUAUAAAUUUGAAAUAACUUCGGAAGAAGCAUCAUAUAUAACCAUCAUAGGUCCUUGUGGUGAUAUCCUAGGGAGUAUCCUGUAUCCCGCUUUAGUCGACAGAAUAGGCAGAAAAAAGACGAUUCUUCUUAUAGCAGUCCCACAGAUAAUUUCCAUGGGAAUGAUAUAUUUCUCAUUCUAUUCCAAAGUCUUACUUUAUUUUGCAAGAUUAAUUGGAGGAUUGGCCGAAGCCGGUUGCUUUACAACUUUGCCUCUGUACAUCGGCGAGGUGUCGGAGCCUCAAGUCCGUGGCGUAUUAGGCUCUCUAUUUUCCUUAGUUUUCAUCAUUGGUGUCUUCACGGUUAACAGCAUCGGGUCUUACGUAACAAUCCAUACAGCAGCUUUAGUAUUCUUAGUUCUACCCAUAAUUUUCGUUCUAUUGUUUUCUAGAAUGCCUGAGAGUCCUUAUUAUUACAUUAUGAAGUCGAAAUUUGACGAAGCGGAACAUUGUUUGAAAGAUUUGAGAAGGAAAGAUCAAGUUGAUAGAGAGCUUCAAUGUUUAAUAAACGACGUUAAUAGACAGAUGUCUGAACCUGGGAGGUAUCAGGAUUUGUAUCAAAUUCAGAGCAAUAGAAUCGCUUGUAUUGUAAUGUUCGGCUUAAGAAUUAUCCAACAGUUGAGUGGAACUUCGGCGAUUUCUUUAUACAUGCAGAUUAUAUUUAACAAAUCUACUAAUAUUUUAUCGAAAGAUUUAGCGUCAAUCUUCAUAUUUGGUUUACAGUUGAGUGUUAAUUUGACAGCUGUUUUUAUCGUUGAUAAAAUAGGACGAAAACCGCUGUUAACAAUUUCCUGUAUUGGCUGCUCUCUACCUUUAUUCAUCAUGGCUGUGUUUUUCGUCUUACAGGAUUACAGCAGUUACGAUUUAUCAGAUUUAAAUUAUAUCCCCCUAGUCGGUAUAGUAAUCUUCACCAUAGCUUUUGCUAUUGGUCAAGGUAACGUGGUGAAUCUCAUGAUUGGGGAGAUGUUUUCUUCAAGUAUUAAAGCGAAAGCUUCUUGUUUGAUGAACAUCCUUUUCGCUAUCUUUAUGAUUUUAACAACGAAAUUGUUUCAAUUGACUUCAGAUCAUGUAGGCAUGUAUGUACCGUUCUUUUUUUUCGCUUUUUGUCAAGUUGGUGGCGCUGCUUUCUCAUAUUUAGUCGUACCAGAAACAAAAGGGAAAAGUUUAGAAGAAAUACAGCAAAAAUUGAAAAAGAAAUGAACAGAGAAGAAGCGCUAUUAAUAAUUGUUAAUUUUAAUAUGAAUUAUAAUAGAUGUGGAUAUUUUUUUAAAUAAAAUUAUAUAUUUCUUA